GUUACUUAGAAAUACUCAUCAUCUGCUGCAGCGCACGGUCAUGCCAAUCUCACCGUUUCGAUUUCUUUCUUCUCUCUUCAUUAUCACCGUUUUCAUUGUUGAGCCGACACGCCAACGAUCUAGAAUCGGGAAAUAGAAGCGUUUCCCUCCAUUCCCGGGAGGAAUUAAGCGGUGGUGGAGAGUGGUUUUUCUUGGGCUAGGGUUUCCUAACAGCCGGUGCUUGAAAAGUUGAAUAGCCAUGGAGAGCGCCUUUGCGAGCGCCUCUGCUAUAUCAGACCAGAGGCAGAAGAUCGAACAGUAUAAACACAUUCUGUAUAAUGUAUUGUCGUCGAACGAUAGGGUUCAAGCCAAGAAGUUUAUCGAUCACACACUAUCCGACGAAGUUCCACUUGUAGUUUCGCGGCAGCUCUUGCAGACUCUAGCGCAAGAGUUGGGGAAGUUGGAGGGGGAGAUUCAGAGAGAGAUUGCCCAUUACAUCCUCGCUCAGAUUCAGCCGCGAGUCGUCUCUUUCGAGGAGCAGGUGCUGAUUAUUCGGGAGAAGCUUGCUGAAUUGUAUGAAUCAGAGCAGCAAUGGUCAAAAGCUGCACAGAUGCUCAGUGGCAUCGAUCUAGACUCUGGAAUGAGGGUGAUUGAUGAGUCAUACCGGUUGUCAAAAUGUGUUCAAAUUGCUCGUUUAUACCUUGAGGAUGAUGAUGCUGUUAAUGCUGAGGCCUUUAUCAAUAAAGCUUCAUUUUUGGUUAGCAAUAGUCAGCACGAAGUCCUUAAUUUACAAUACAAGGUUUGUUAUGCUAGGAUCUUGGACUUGAAAAGGAAGUUCUUGGAAGCAGCACUUCGUUAUUAUGAUAUAUCUCAAAUUGAAAAGAGACAAAUAGGAGAUGAAGAGAUUGACGAAGAAGCAUUGGAACAAGCUUUAUCUGCUGCAGUGACGUGUACAAUAUUGGCUGCUGCUGGUCCACAGAGAUCCCGAGUUCUUGCCACAUUAUACAAAGAUGAACGUUGCUCGAAGUUAAAAAUCUAUCCAAUACUGCAAAAGGUUUACUUGGAAAGAAUUUUGAGAAAACCAGAAAUUGAUGCAUUUGCUGAAGAGCUAAAACCUCACCAGCAAGCCCUUCUGCCAGAUAAUUUUACUGUGUUGGAUCGUGCUAUGAUUGAGCAUAAUCUUCUUAGUGCAAGCAAACUUUACACAAAUAUAAGUUUUGAAGAAUUAGGCACUUUGCUGGGUAUUCCUCCUCAUAAGGCUGAGAAGAUAGCAUCAAGAAUGAUAUACGAGGACAGAAUGAGGGGAUCGAUUGACCAGGUAGAAGCUGUGAUCCAUUUCGAGGACGAUAUUGAAGAGCUGCAACAAUGGGAUCAACAGGUAUUCUCUCUCUGCAUUUUGGUUUCUAUCCAUUUAUUGCUCGUUGCUAAAUUGCAUUGUACAUGUUAUGUUUAUGGAUAAUUUUAGAUAUCUGCAUUUAUUGCACCUUUUUUUUUUUGUUCAAUUAUAUUUAAGAUGCCUUUACUUAAUACAUAAAUUUUUGAUAUUGUGGAUCUACUGUGUAAUUAAUUUUUCUUGGUUGGUCUGUUUAGAUUGUUGGUCUCUGUCAAGCUCUGAACGACAUCUUGGAUAGCAUGGCAAAUAAAGGUGUCUCCCUUCCUGUUUGAUCUUUUGUGCUCUUAAGUUGUUCCAAUCCAAUCCAGUGAUUUUGUAAUAUCUUAGAAACUUCUAUCUUUUCCCCCCAUAGUAUGAGGCUAUUUUAGUUUUUUUCUUUUCUUUUUUUUUCUUUUUUUGGAGAGGUUGAAAAUUACUAUUCUUUUUAGCAGUGAGGGUCAUUUUUUUGUCAUUGGUGUAAAAAAAAAAAGAAAAAAAGAAAAGAGCGAAAGAGAGGAGGGACAUGUUGAGUUAUGAAGCCUUUCUAUGGGAAAAAAAGGAGAAAAAAACUUAACUUCCCCCCCGAGAAAAGGGAACAAGAAAAAGAUAAAACGAAACACUGGAUUUAACAAAUACUGCAGACCAAAUCUGGUAGAAAGUCCAAAUUUGCAAAAAGAUAAAAUGACCUAUUUGGAAAUUUAAAUUUUAACAUAUUGUAGAUGAGUCCUAAUUUGAGUGUGUCGUGUAUACAUGGAUUUAUCUCGUUACAGUAAACUCACUGUUUUGCGCAGUGGCUAUGAAUGAUAGAUAUCUUGGAUUUUUCCU